UCGCAACCUCCAUGGCGGAUUCACCUCGAAAUCCGUUUCAUUCUAGAUCACAAUUACCUAGAUUUUUAGCAACUGCUCCGAAAAAGCCUUCAUCAAUUCCUGCACCGAAAAAGCCUGGUUCCGAAAAGGAUAGUUCUCGGGUGCAAUCACUUGAAUUUGCUUUAGAAAAUGCAAAAAACGAUUUGAAACAAAAAGAGAUCGAAAGUGACCGAGAACGCAAUGACUUGCUCGCCAAACUAACAGAGGAACGCGAACAAUCGAAGGCUUUUCAAAUUCGCGUCUCUUUGCUUGAAAAGCAAGAACAUGAACGAGAAGCAACGAAUCAUGAAACUAUUGAAAGACUAAGAUCUGAUAAUGAAUCGCUCGUCUUACAACUUUCAGAAUUGAAGUCGAACUUAACCCAAGAAACUGCUGCCCGCGCGACUGAAUUAGAAAAAACUCAGCAAGAGCUAAGGGAAAAAAUAUACAAGGUGGAAGAUUUCCAACAGAGAAACAAGCUUCUUGAAGAGAAUGCAUCUCAGAUGGAAAUUCGUAAUUCCUCUCUACAAGAACAACUAAACUCAAAGCUUAAAGAGUCACUAGAUAAAGAGCAACAAGUACAGACUCUCAUAUUUGAAAUAGAAAAGCUAAAAGAAUCAGUGAAUCAAGCCUCUGAUUCUUUGGAGUUGAAAGAUGCCAACCAAAAGCUCUUAGAACGAAUCGCCGAGUUGGAAAAACUUCAGGAAAAGCAUCUGUAUAUGAUUGAACGAUACAAUACAAACUCUAGAAAUAUUGAAAUUGUAAAUGAAGAAAAAGCUGAUCUUGAGGCUAAGCUAUACCAAUAUGAAGACUACAAAGAGAAGGUCGCUGUUUUGGGUGUUGAUAAUGAGAAACUCCAAGCAGAACUGAAUAGUUGGAAAAAGACAUUCAUGGAUAUGAACGUUCCCGAGCUUGCUGCAGAAAAGUUUAAGACUCUCCAGUCAGAAAAUAAGACUCUCAGCGAGCGUGUCUCAGAUCUCACACAACAACUACUCCAGGAAAGGAUUCAAGGGCCUCCAAUGGUCAUCGAAUUAAAAAACAAGGUAACUGACCUCAAGAACGAAAAUAAAGAAACGAGUGAGCAGAUUCGACGACUCCAACGCCAGGUAUUCUUAGCCAACCAAGAAAUCAAUCUUUUGCGCGCAAACUUGAAAAGCUAUGACGAUGAGGAAGCCAUAAUGAAUAAUGAAAAGUCUGGCCAGAAAAAGCUAGAACGGAUCGAAUCACUCACCCAAUUGAUUGAUGAAUAUAAAGUCUUGUUUGAAAAUUCAAAGAUCUAUAACCAGGGAGCUUCCGCAGAUGAACAGUCCCUAACUUUAAAGCGUCCUCGGAACGAAGACCAAGAGGAUGUUGGCUACGUGACAGAAUUGUAUCGAGAAAAUCAACAUAUACAGUUACAAUUACAAGAGAAGCUAAAUACUGAAGGAUUCCUAAGAGAUCAAAUCAAUGGACUUGAAGUCAUUAUUGCUGAAUUAAGGCAAGAAAUCAUUCAAAUGUCAGAACUAAAAUCCUCAAAGGUCCUUCAACAUAGAUCGAACCCUACGCUCAAGCAUGAAAGGGUAAAAGCAGAACAGCUUCACCUUCUUGAAAAAGAAAAUGGGGGAUACAAGGCCAUCUUAGAAGAAAAAGAUAUUCAAACAGUACCUAUGGAAUCACUGGAAUUAGCUAAUCGGAGAACUUUGGAGCUAAAGAAAGAACUAUUAGAUCGAGAUAAAAGAAUACAGAGACUAAAAGAGAUCUUUUCUGUGAAGUCUUUGGAAUUUAGAGAGGCAAUUUAUUCUCUCUUUGGCUAUAAAAUAGAGUUUCUGCCCAACGGAAGCGUCCGCGUUACUUCUAUGUACUCACAUGAAAACAAUACUGCUUUUGUUUUUGAUGGUGAAACUAGUACAAUGAAAUUAGUGGGAAAACCUUCAAGUCCAGAUUUCGAGCGAUUAGUUAGGUUUUGGUGUGAUGAGCGAAAGACUAUACCUGGAAUGUUGGCUGCUUUGACAUUGGAAUUGAUUGACAAAAAUGACCAGUCUACCUUGAAUGAGCAAUAGCGUAAUGACAAUUUCAAUGACAGAAUCAAUUUAUGCAGAAAUCCUUUAAGUAUUUAUAGGAUCUAUACAAACUACUUUGCAUUAUACAUACUUCAUACGCAUCAUUUAUACUUAAUUCCCUCUAUUUUAUUCAACAAAUUUUUGACAUCUUAUGCAGUAGCUGGAAUACGUGCUAUUGAUUGGUUAGUGGUCUUAAACGUUGAUACCAAAAACGAACUUACUGUAAAUGUAUUGCUUAGAGGAAUGGUCCACCUUAUUAAUAACACCACGCUCGGCCAAGUCCUUAAUGGCAAUACGAGCAAGAGCACCGUUAAUCUUCAUACGGUCGACAAGGACAGAGACAGAAACAAACUUGAAGGCGGGAACCUCCUUGUUAAUACGGUCAAUCAAGGUCUUGUCAAAGACGGUGGCAUGUUGAGCCUUGUCUUUCACUUUUCCUUUAGACCAUUUCUUUUUAGGAGCCUAUAAGUUAUUAGUCUGGCUGUCAAAAGACAUGGUAAACCUUUCCAGUUACCACUAAAACUCAAACUUCAUACCAUUUUUCACAGUGUUUACCUGGGAUUCUAAGUUAUGCAUGGAAACGUUUUGACCAAAACUUGUGUGACUGUUUUCCAAGUAACAACUCACUAAACUGAACAAGUAACAAGUCUAUGUGAGCAAAGGAAU